AUGGGAAAGAAGACCUACGACGUCGUGCGACCGAUCGCUGCUGGCGGAUAUGGGUCGGUACUCAAAGUUCAGUUGGACGAUAAACUCUACGCUCUGAAGGUCUGUGAUGCUGAUGAUCCCAACAAGAAGGACAGUUACGACCGCGAGGCCAAAGCCUUGAGGAGGACGAACAACUGUCACAUCAUCAAAUUACAUGCAGCAUUUCAGGAGCGUGGACAUUUAUGCCUAGCACUCGAGCUUGCAAACAAGAGUUUGGAGGACGUACUGCGACAAACAAAACGACUCUCACUCGACGACGCCAAGCACUACGCGCGAGGGAUUGCUGCUGGCCUUGACUACCUCCACCAAGAGUCAAUUGUCCACCGAGAUAUCAAACCCAACAACAUCCUGUUAUUCGGCGUUGAUUCUCGGGACGUCAAGCUAGCAGACUUUGGCCUCGCCGUCCGUCUUGAUGGCAAAAGAAAGACGAUCCGGGGAGCAUGCGGGACGGACGACUAUCAAGCACCAGAGAUGUCAGGAAGUGCACCCUACAGCUCUCAAGUAGACGUGUAUUCAUUUGGAGUGACAAUACAAGGGAUCGCAGCAAAGGCCUUCUUUGAGCAAGUUCUCCACAAGAACCCGGACGUGCGCUUUGAUAUACAGCAAGCAAAGGUUCACACCUUUCUUCAGGUUGAUCAGAAUGGAGGAGAACAAAGCACAGAGGACAGCAUCGGAUCUUCAUUGGGCAAGCGACCAUCAGAGGCGACCUUGGCGGAACGGGAGGAAAAGCGCGCUCGCCAAGAUGCUCCAAACCCUCGAGAAGAAGAUAGGGACAACGAUUCACGAACGGUCGGUCGUGCAAGCACCUUGCCUAUUUUCAUAAUUACAAAGACGACCACCUCAAAGGAAGAUAAACCUGUCCACUCUCUUUGA